UCCAUGAGACUAAGGUCCUUUAGAUUGCCGUGCUGCUCACUAACAGCAGAGGGUUCAAAACUUAGGACAAGACGACAGGCGCCACUACCUCUACAGGGCAGGCCAAGGAAGUAAAGGAAUUGGCUCCAAGUUUAGGACUUCACACCAUGGACUUCAAAGGAUUCUGGCCUGAAAAUUGCCUGGAUGGACAAGUAAGACUGCCUUUUGUUCCCUUUUCAAAUAUGAUUCUUUGAAAUUGUCAAGGAUGUGGGUAGAGAUGCCCCCAAGCUGAAAUCAUGGGGUGUGCACCUUCCCGCAGUGACAUUGUUAACAGCAUUGCUAAGAGUGGCAUCCAAUUUUUUAAAAAGCCCAAAGAAAUUUUGCCAGGACAUCAGGGUGUCAGUGAAAGAUGUUCCAUCCCUUUGCCGGUUCAAAGCUCCACCUGCUAUGACUCUGGGGCGGCCUUAUCCCAGGGACAGAGGCUGGCAGAGGGGCAGCCAGGUCCCAGGUGGACCAGAACUCCAGCUGAAGGUCUUUGUCAGCUCGCAGGAGAUCCCGAUGCAGGCGAAGGGAAAGAUGUGCAAGGACUGAUCCCAGAAACCCAAACCUCCCCUUCCCAGUGGAACAAAUCACAGGGCCACAUGGCUAAGGACAUUCCAUUCAAGACACGGAGUUCCCAUAAGUCACAAGGGACAGCCUUUUCUGGGGAAGAAAGUAAUACCCAAGAGACCUCCAAAUGGGAAAAAAAGCCUGAAGGCCACAGGCCGGGAUGCCAAGCUGUUUGUCUUGCCCAGGAGUCUGAAGGUAAAGUGGACUUCCCCGAGGCCCUGGUGAAGGCCCACCAGCAUGCUUACACCUAUCUGCACACCUGCCUCUCCAAAUAUGAAGCGAUUCUGUGCAUCAUCCACCAGGCCACCCAGACCCAGGAGCACCUGCAGCCCAUGGUCAGCUUCCUGCUGCUGUGCUUUGAUGAGGUCAACCGGCUCUUGGGGGAGAUCUCCAAGGAUGGAGAAAUGCUCCUCCAAGAAGUUAGAGAGGAUCUGGCUUGGCCGUUGAGGAAAGCAGGGCCCCGGAAGCAGCCAGAUCUCCUGCAGCAGCUUCUGCAGUACACAGUCAGCAAGCUGCAGGUGCUCUGCGGCACAGUGGCCUCCCUCACCGGUGGCUUCCUGGAGGGCUCCAGCAGGUACCACCUUGCCACCACAAGCCACCUGGGAAACAAGCUGAGCACAAAGAGGGCCUUGGAUGACCGCCUCCUGAGGGCUCUGGGGCAGCUGGAGCACUUGGCAAGUGGCCACAAUGACCCUGGGGUGCAGGGCCCACCCUUAUCCUCUGAGGACAGUGGCAUUGGUGGUGACAGUGAGUCUGUGCAGCUGGCAGACAAGCUGGGCAGGCAAGCCAGCUGGGACUUAGAGCUGGGUCCAAGAGAAUGGAGGCCAGUGAUUUCACCCACAGUGGAAGCCAGGCUGGCAGGACAUACCUGGCAGCAAAGUCCUUUCUGGGUGGGUCCGGACAGCCCCCAGCACUGCCCACUCUCAAGGCCUCCUACAGCAAAGAUUCAGCCAUCAGCACAGAGGGGAGCCGGGAGUGCCCGCCCCUCCAGCACAGGCCCAGAAAAUCCUGCUUGCAGGCCUUUGCAGAUGGGCAAAAGCGCUCCGUGUGAUUCCCUUGAGACUGGGAUCUCCGUGGAAACGCAGCUCUCGAAAGGCUCCAGUGUAAUGGACACUCCAUCCCUCAGUGACGGCGAGGACAGCAGCACAGAGGAGGAGGAAGACGAAGUCAGCAGCACGAAGCUGUGCCCAUGGCAGGAAAAUGCUUCCCAUGCAAGGCCUCAGUCUUCACCUGCUGGCCCCGAAAGCCCAUUUCAGCCCCACCUCAGGAGGCUGAGGAGCUCCCAAGCCCAGGAAAUGUUUCUGAAGAUGAAGGAAGCAAUCAGCAAAAGGAUCAAGUUUGUCCCGGCACCCUCUGGGCAUGAGGACUGGGCAGAGGAGGAGGAGAGGAAAAUUGUGGCCCCACGAAGACCUAGAACAGUCAAUGGCAGCAGGACGGUCCCCAUGAGGCAGAGGAGGUCCCAGUCAGAGGUCUUUCUUAAAAGCCACAUGGAGGAUUCUACCCUCCGGGAGCUGCGAAGGGUCCAGACAGACCUCAGCCAGAGGCUGGAAGCAUUCUAUGCCCUGGGCGCACAACAGCAGGCUCUGCGGCCCAGAGCAGCAGCUCUGAGGCCCGGCAGCAAAGGCAGGGUUGCCCCCAGCAACACCAUCAGCAAGCUGAAGGCAUCCCUCACCAAGAACUUCAGCAUUUUGCCAAGUCAGGACAAGAGCAUUCUGCAGAAAUGCAGUUCCUGCCCCAAGGGUGAACAGCCCUGGCAGGAGAAAGCUGAGGGGCUUCCAAAUGCCAUCCCAUCAGGUGAGAAGGCCUGUGAGGCCCCUGGGGCCAAGGACUGGACUGUCAGUGGCUGUUCCACCAGAACAUCAGUCAGGAAACUCAUUGAAACUUUCAGCUCCAAUGAGACUCUGAGGAUGCUGGGAGAUUCCAAGGACUCUGGGCCAAGCCCCCGCCUCAGGAAGUGGGGGGUCCCCAGCAUGCCUCCCAGAUUUCCCAUUUACAGGGGACUGGCCCCCUUGUAUCCAAAGCCUCAAAUUUCUCCAGCAGUAGGCAGAGAAUCUCUCAAGGUAGACCCAGGCUGGAGGCCCCUGGCUCCUAUUUUUCUGCCUCUGCUUCCAGGAGGAGAGCCCAAGAGUGAGGCCCUCAGCUGUGAAACAGAGCAGGACCCGGAGCAUCUCCCUCCACCACCUCUGGAAAUCCUGAUGGACAAAUCAUUCGUUUCUCUGGAGCCCCCAGAAAGCAGCAAGCCGGCACAGAGCUCCCUUGAAGGGACCCACGUGCCAGGGCUGGGAGGGGCUGGCCCUGCCCAGAGACUGUGGGCUUCCCCAAAGCCAAGAGCCUCCCUGAGCCCCACUGACCUGUUGCCCAGCAGGAGCACUGCCGCCUCCACCAGGCCCUGUGGCACAGGGCGCGGGAGCGGCAAGGACAGCUGCAAUUCUGGAAAGCCGAACCACCCACCAGCAGCCCGCAGAAAGCCAGCAGUGGAGAGCACUGGGGCUCAGGGGCAGGCACGGGCAGGCAAGGCCACAGGCCUCCCCAGGCAUCCCCAGCAGGCUAUCUCCUGGCCCCACUCCAGCCACACAUCUGGGCAGAGCAGGUCCUCAGAACCCAGCCUGGCCAGAUCAACUCGAGGGCCACCUUCUCCAGAGGCCAAAAGGCAGAGCCAAGAGAGAAGCAGCCUGCUGGUCAGGAAGGCCUCUCCCACAAAGGCGCACUGGAUGCUCAGGAAGCUCCCGAGCCUGCCCGCCACCCACAGCCCUGUCCAGUCAAGUGUCCCCUCCGUGCACAGCUCCCCCAGCCCACCAGUCAGCCCUCUGGCAAGCCCCAGGGUGCUAAGCCCCCCAACAAUGAAGAAAGGAGCUUUCCUGACACCCCCACCCAGCCUUCCCCUGGUGAGCCCGCCCACUCAUCAUGAGGUCUUCAGCCCCCAGACCCAGAAUACAGAAGCCAGUUCCCCAUCCUCUGGCCCCACUCUAUCCCUGACAGCAUCCCCCACUCAGGGGUGCAAGGAAACAAGAGGUGCUGAAGAUGGUCAGGCAGCCGUGGCCAAAGCAUCUGAGAACACACGUUCUGUAUUCUGCCCGGCCACCCCCUCUCUGUUUGAAGCUAAAUGGCCAUUCUCAACAGCCCACCCAUUCAGUGCACCAUCGCUGCCACCUGAAGCUGGAGGCCCUCAUGGGACCCCCACAGGAUGCUGGAGGAGCAGCUCAGGGCCACGACUGAGGGGGGACUCACGUCGGGGAAUGGCUCUGUGUGCCCUCAACCCUCAGCCCUUUGUCAGAAGGACAGUGUCUGACCGCCGGCCCGGCUUCCGCCUUCCCCUGCCUGUCCCAGGCCUCACCAGCAGCACUCGUGAAUCCCAGCGUGGCCAGAGCAGCAGCAGCAGCGAGGAGAGUCUGAAGGACCCAGAGCCGCGGAGCAGCUCCUGGCGCUCAGAGCCAAAGGGCAGCAGCAGGGGCGCAUCGCCCCCAGAGCUCUGCAUUCUGGGCCACGGGCUGCAGCGGGAGGCCAGUGCCGGCCACCCCCAGGACCAGCCCCAGCAGAAAGAAGAGGCCUGACAGGCUGGCCAGUGGCGUCACACUGAUGCCAGUCACCCCAGAGGCAAAGGGUGACAGCCAAGCGUCAUGUGGCCCACAGAUGGUGGGCCAGCCACACUGCUACUGAGGUGCCUGGGAAGGCCUGGAAGGUGCCCUGCCCAGGGGAGUCUGCUAAACUCUCAACAAUCGCCAUUUUCAGUCCCAGAUCCUGGUUUGCUUUGGGGCUCAAAGGUAAACUCUAACUUUGGGCCUCUCAAUGACACUCUUUAAUCCUUCAAGUACUGGCCUUAAUAUAGGGAUAAAAUGUAUUUAUCCCAUGCCUGAUGGGGUAGGUAUUUUACCUGGGUUAACUCCAUGAAAUCAAUCAUCACAACAGUGAAGAAAACAGCAUUCUCCUGGUUUUGCAGAUAAGAGAACUGAAGCUCUGCUCCCUGGAUCCCCCUCCCUGCACACACACACGUGUCUUGCCUGAGAUCGCACAGCAAGGAAGAGAGCAAAAAUGUGAGCAGUUGUGCUUGGCACUAGAAUCCAUUGUUUUUCAUCACAUUUCAUUACCCAUGACUAUUCCAUCCCUCCAUCUGCCUAAAAGCAUGCAUAGUUGUUCAAAUGGUUGAAAAGCUUUGUUUUAUUAAGGCUAAAGAGUGGCACAGCAUUCAAGUCCCCAUUACUAACUUUGUUUAGAAGCUGAUUGCUCUGGAGAUAA